AUGGAUACCUCCACAAGUGUUACCAACAGCUCCAGUCUUCAGAUUUCCCAAUUCAUCCUCUUGGCGCUCCCAGGCAUUCAUGAGCGGCAGCACUGGCUCUCCCUGCUCCUGGCUCUGCUCUACCUCUUAGCUCUUUGUGCCAAUCUCCUCAUCUUGAUCACAAUCCAACAUGAAUCCACACUGCAUGAGCCCACGUACCAUUUCUUUGGCAUAUUGGCAGUCAUGGACAUUGGCCUGUCCACCACCAUCAUGCCCAAGAUUCUGGCUAUCUUCUGGUUUGAUUCCAAGACCAUCAGCCUCCCUGAGAGUUUUGCUCAGAUCUAUGCCAUCCACUGCUUUUUUUGUUUGGAGCCUGGUAUCUUCCUCUGCAUGGCAGUGGACAGAUACAUAGCCAUCUCUCCCAUUCGCUACCCCUCCAUAGUUAGUGAAGCUUUUAUGGUCAAAGUCACAGGAUUCAUGGUGCUCAGAAAUAACCUGUUGACCAUCCAUGCCUGUAUUGGCUGCCAAAGACACUAUUGCUUUAAAAAUGAAAUUGAUCACUGCCGAUGCUCUAACUUGGGGGUUAUCAGCUUGGCUUGUAAUGACUUUACUGUAAAUAAAUUUUACCAACUGAUCUUAGCAUGGAUCCUGGUUAGGAGUGAUAUGGCUCUGAUUUUUUCUUCCAGUGCUCUAAUCCUUCACACUGCGCUGAGGCUGAACUUAACAGAAACAAUGACCAAGGCUCUGAGUACCUGUAGCUCCUCCCACCUCAUCCUCAUUCUGUUCUUCAACACAGGUAUCAUUGCUGUCACAUACCUUGCAGAGAAAAAGAUUCCCUUUAUGCCUGUGCUCCUUAAUGUGCUGCACAAUGUCAGCUCCCCUGCUCUCAAUCCCAUGGUCUAUGCUCUCAGGAUGAAUGAGUUCAGACUGGGCUUCCAGAGGUUGCUUCAGCUAGUGAAGAUGUGCCUACCAAGUAACUACAGCUUUAGAAGGCCAUCAAGGUGUUAG